AUGGUCGCCAUUGAGAAGGGCGAAAUCAAGGCCAGCGCCCUGCUGUUGGGUGCUGGUUUGAAUUUCUUCGAAGUGACUUCCCUAGGACAACCAUUGGAAGUUAUCAAGACGACAAUGGCUGCAAACCGAAGUGACGCUUUUGGGAUGGCCUUGAGAAGGAUUUGGGCCCGCGGGGGCUUUUUUGGAUUCUACCAGGGGUUGAUCCCAUGGGCGUGGAUCGAGGCCUCUUCGAAGGGGGCCGUGCUUCUCUUUGUUGCAAGUGAAACCGAUCGUGCCACUCGGUCUAUUGGCUUUGGAAACUUCAGUGCUGGAAUCACCAGUGGAAUGAUGGGAGGCUUGGUACAAGCCUACGCGACAGUCGGCUUCUGCACGUGCAUGAAAACAGCCGAGAUUACCAAGCAGAAGGUCAUGGAGGCGGGUGGCAAACCCGCCUCAACAUGGUCGACUUUCAGGGAUGCUUAUAAUCGAGGUGGAAUCCGAGGCAUCAACAAAGGUGUCAAUGCUGUGGCUGUUCGACAAGUUACCAACUGGGGCUCUCGAUUCGGCCUGUCCCGAAUGGCAGAGAAUACCAUUCGCUCGGUGACAGGGAAGACAGACGAAAGUCAGAAACUGAAUGCCGGUGAAAAGAUCCUCGCUUCUGGUUUGGGUGGUGGCCUAUCGGCCUGGAACCAGCCUAUUGAAGUGGUGCGAGUUGAGAUGCAGAGCAUGAAGGCGGAUCCCAAUCGACCGGCCAAUCUGAAUAUGUUGAGCACGGUCAGGUAUAUAUACCAGGAAAACGGACUCAGAGGACUGUAUAGAGGCGUUACGCCUCGAGUUGGGCUCGGAAUAUGGCAGACUGUCUGCAUGGUUGCCUUCGGCGAUAUGGCGAAAGAAACGGUGGAAAAGCUCGUUGGCGGAAAGUAG